AUGCAUCUCGAAGUGAUUCCUCUUGAUAGAUAUCAGAAACUUGAUAUCCUUAAGAUGCUUCAAGUAGUUGUUACUUUCUUUGAUAUGGAUCUCAUUCGUCUGGUACCUUUAUGUUGUUUCAAGAAAGCAACUAUACCUGUUAAUAGUAAAAGUGAAAAGAAAAUUCCUAGGGAAAAAGUUAGUAAGGAUGGAGAUUAUGUGCAUCGUUAUAUUGACAUUGUAAUCAAUGGUAAUGAAGAAAACAUUGUAUUAGAGCUUGUGACUACAGCUAAUCAAUCAAAUCUAGAAGAACAUUUUAAUCAUGCUUUGUCCUAUGGUAACAACCUAACUGCUACUGCAAUUUGGAUUGUGCACUUCACCUGUGAGAAUAGAUAUUGUAAGGCAGAGAAUCCUAUGUAUCAAUCUGAAGAAUAG